GGAUUGUCGGAGAUUUCAGACUCCGCGCUGAACUAUGGAUGCUCAGCUCCUUGCACCGCUCACGCAACUUACUGCUCUUUCCCAAUCACUCUUCCUUUCGUUAUCUCACCAGCCUUCGCAAAAACAAGUUCCCCCACCUCCUCUAAGCUCAUUUGCAACCGUCGAUGCUGAGUUGCAAGCAGCACUGAUAACAGCGGCAGCACAUCAGCGCCGACAGGCACGCAUUGUCGCAUUACAGCAGGAGCUAUUGGAGGUGGAUGCUCGAUGGCGCGCUGUGUGUGAGGCAUUGGAAGAGGGGAGGAAGGUGUUGGACGAGAUCGUGAAGGAGGGCGAUGAACGUGUAGAAUGCAUAAGAAAGGCAAAGGAGGCCGCGAUCCCUUAUCCCGAAUUGCUUGCAUAUGCACAAAGCCUUAGCGCCUUUACGAGUGCGCCGCCAGGCUUGACUAUGCCCGAGCCAGGUGCUGUAGGUCCUGUGCCUCUAUUCUUCCCGCCAUUCCCAAAUGAGGAGAAGAUGCGCCGUGGCAGACUGAAUGUGGAGCGUCCGCUAGGUGGGCUUGGGGAGAAUCAUAGCGUGAGAGCUCCAGAGCCGUCGCCCCCACCUGUCCAAACACGCGAGCGCCCAGGUGUGAACCCUUAUCGUCACGAUACUCGCCCACAGCUGGCUGUGUUCGACCUCGAUCUCGACCUCAAUCCAGAUCUAUGAUCUCAACUGUGUUGCGGGGAGAUCUCGUUAGGCACUGCCAUGCAGUGCGACAUCCGGGAGAACAUUGAUUGCGCGAACUUGAGGUGGUAUUCCCUUACAUGGCACAACUCUUGUUGAUUGACAGGAACGGAAGCACGCAGUUUAGCGAGGCUGAAACUACCGGUAUAUAUCUUCACCCUAUGAAUAGUCGCAGCCAUUAUAAGACUGCCU